CCUCAGACUUUUCCACAAAGCGUCUCGUCUCCUCUUCUAAUAUUCCUGUUGGCCAAUACUCCCAAUCCAAAACCCCAAAACCGCCUCCUUUCUUUUCUUCUCCUCUCCAAAAAAAAAAAAACUAACCUUCCCUUUUUCUCCGAUCCAUGUAUCCGCCGCCGCCGUCGUCGUCGACGACCUCCUCCUCCUCCAACGCGGCGCAGCAGCAGAAGCCGGGCGGGCUCCAGGGCGGGCUGACCCGGUACUGCUCCGCCCCGGGCUCGUUCCUCACCAAGGCCGUCGACUCGGUCAUCGGCUCCGCCGAGGAGGGCCGUCAGUUCUACGCCGCAAACACCGGCAACCACAACCACAAGUACUUCUCCGGCGGCGGCGAGUCGUUCUCGUCGUCGCAGCUCACCUCCGAGUCCGGCGAGCACAAAUCAGGCGGUGGCGGUGGUGAGCAGCUGAAGAGAUCCGACGCGUUGAACGCCAUAGCUCGCGGGGCGUCGCCGUCGUCGUCGUCGUUGCUCCGGCAGAGGAGCUCUCCCGCCGGGUUUCUAUCCAAUCUCGUUUCGGAAAGCGGUUUUUCGAUAACGAGGGGUGGUUCCGGCGGCUUCGAUUCACACGCAGCAAACGGCGGCGGCGGCGGCUACCAGCCGGUUCAGAGGUUGAAAUCGCAACUGAGCUUCACCGGCCCAGAAUCGGCACUUUCUCAUAUAUCAGAAGCCAGCGAGAGCGACGUCGACGUGGACGUAGAGACCGGCCGCGGCCGCCACCACAGUUCCUAUAACAAUCCGGCGUCGUCUGGGUUCGUCAUGGAUUGGGACAAUAGCCCCAACUCCAUCACGUUCUCGUCAGGACAACCCAGCAAGAAGUUCAGAGCCGUGGAUGGAGAUAUUUACACUUGCUACAACGGCUUGGACACUCAGUUUAGCAUGCCGCAAACGACGCUAGAGAUGGCGACGGUGGACAAGCUGAUGCAUAUACCCGAAGACUCUGUCCCAUGCAGAGUCCGAGCUAAGCGUGGGUUCGCCACCCACCCUCGAAGCAUUGCUGAAAGGGAAAGGCGGACCAGAAUAAGUGGGAGGUUGAAGAAGCUUCAAGAUCUCGUUCCUAACAUGGAUAAGCAAACGAGCUAUUCAGACAUGUUGGACUUGGCAGUUCAGCACAUCAAAGGCCUCCAAAAUGAACUUGAGAUAAAGAAAUUGGAAGGAGAAGCGAAAAAGCAGUCUCUUGGAUCCGAUCUCGAUUGCGAGAGAGAGGCCGGUUAUCGGAUUCUACCAUCCCCGCGACGAAAUUUUCCGACCGCCGUGGUACUCUGCGGGGGAGGAAGCUAUAGAUUGAAUUGGGUCCGUUGUGAAAGUCGAGUACUUGUCCUCUGUAUUGCUGUGAAUCGAAGGGAUAGCUGCUUCGGAAGGAAGCCCAGGGAACAGAGUUCGGUAAGGAAGCGGCAGCUGGAGAGUCAACGAAUCAUCUUCUACCGUCAAGCCUGGGUAAUGGUAUCAUCUACCAGUGAUGUAGAUGAAGCAGUUGAAAUGGAGGAGGAGAAUACAGAUGAUGGACAUGACACAGCUGCACCACCAGAAGCUGUUGAAAUGCAGGAGGAGGCUUCAGAUGAUGGACAGGAGACAGCUGCACCACCAGAACAACAGGAAGAAGAUGAUGAGUCAAUCCUAGAACCAUUUGAGGGUAUGGAGUUCGAUUCAGAAGACGCUGCUAAGAUAUUCUACGACGAAUAUGCACGAAAACUGGGGUUCGUCAUGCGCGUGAUGUCAUGCCGUCGGUCUGAAAGGGACGGGAGGAUUCUUGCACGUCGGUUCGGUUGUAACAAGGAAGGCCACUGUGUUAGCGUUCGAGGCAAACAUGGGAACGUUCGAAAGCCACGACCCAGCACGAGGGAAGGAUGCAAGGGUAUGAUUCAUGUCAAGUUUGAUAAAUCCGGGAAGUGGGUGAUCACGAAGUUUGUGAAGGAACACAAUCACCCGCUCGUCGUUGUUGCCCACCGUGAAGCCCGCCAGACAUUGGAUGAGAAGGACAAACGGAUUCAAGAGCUGAGCAUGGAACUACGAAACAAGAAGAGGUUAUGCACGGUGUAUCAGGAACAGCUAUCUGCAUUCAUGAAGAUUGUCGAAGAGCACUGCGACCAGAUAUCGUCGAAAGUGCAGAAUGUGGUGAGAAACAUCACAGAGUUGGAAUCUAUAGAGUAGGUGGGAGGUUCUUCUUCUGCAGGAUUAGAUAGUUUGCAGGGAAUAUCCAAAUCAGCUUAUACGAUUGUUUUCUUGUAAGUAAAUGCAAUGUGAAUUUGUCAGUCAGCUAAACAGAAGACUUGUAACAACAAAUGACAGAUGACAGAAUUCAUUAGCCUUGUAGUUACAGUGCAAGUGAAUAUGUUUAAUUCAACUGAUCUUACUUGCUACUUACCACUUCUUUUCGUGUAAAAUUCUUAAGUUUUUGAC